AUGAAUGAACACUACUCGCAUUUAGUAAAACAUCGGUGUCAUUUGGAGAAUGUGGCUGAAAGCGCUGCAAAAGUUGCUGAUUACACCUUCAAUUGGCAGCACGCCACUUUGAUUUUAUUCAAUUUGACAAUACUGUGCAGCGUCGAUGUUUUUGCGAAGUCUUAUAACAAGAAUAUCAAUCUUUUUAACAUUUCGAAAGGGAGGCAGCAUAUAACUUGGCACUCGGUAGAAGGUACGAUGCAGUACGUCUUAUUCGUCGAUGACAUAGCUGACCUGAUUAGGGUCCUAGCAGCAUUGAGGAGGCGAAAUUUUAAUACCAACGCCAAAUUCAUCAUCAUAUGCAAUAGAAAAAACAAUCAAUGUGUUAAGAGUAGAGCUGUAGAAGUGUUGUGGAGUUACAGAGUGACAAACGUUAUUUUAAUUAAAGAAGAACUUUCAAUGGUGACAGGUUAUACGUUCUUUAUAAGCGAACUCUGUGACAUGCCUAUACCGCGGGUGUUAAAACAUUGGAAUGACUGUAUCUAUUCGAAACAGGACAAGAAUACAUUUUGCACUACGAAGUAUAUGUUCCCAGUUAAGUUUAGAAAUUUUCGCGGCUGUCCCUUGCUUGUCUCGACGUUUUCUCAAGUACCUUACAUGAUGAUUGAAGAUGGUGUUCCCCGCGGUGCAGACGGCGACCUGCUACGUUGCAUAGUGCAAGCUCUCAAUGCUACGCUUGUUCUUGUCUUUCCACCUGAUGACGAUGGUUGGGGAACUUACGAGAAUAAUACGUGGACUGGUUCACUUGGUGACGUUUAUAAGGGUUUGGCUAACUUCUCUAUGACCUCGGCUAGUGUAACGCUCAAGCGAUUCCAGCACUUUGAUAUGUCAGUAAAUUAUUUCAGUGUUAAUCUGGUAUGGGUAACGCAUCCCUCCCAUGAUUUUGAAUCUUCAUCGUUAAAGCUGGUGAGACCGUAUAAGGGUAACGCUAGAAUUCUUGUUAUGCUUACAUUUGUUGUUGUUCUGUUAAUGCAAGUCUUUGUAAAAACAAGGUUUUAUAAGGGACUAAGCGCACGAUUUCAUUUCGGCGAUGCUCCCAACUCUUUGCUGUUUCAUGCAUUUCGAAGAAGUCUAGGUUUACCAAUGAAAUGUCCAAAAAGCUUAUUUUUUAAAUAUUGCACGUUUUUGUGGGUAUGGUUUUGGUUUCUAGCCCGAACGUUUUAUCAGGUACAUCUUAUAGAAUCCCUGCAAACGAACGUACCUGUCAAUAGCAUUAACACUAUCGCAGAAGCCAUUGAAGAGGGUUACACGAUCGGAAGUGGUCCGGCGUUGAAAGACUAUUAUCUCGAUGAUCCUUUCGUUUAUGAGAAUUGGAUCGACGUUGACACUGAUCAAAAUUUGCCCAUUAUGAAGAAUUUGACAGAAGGUUUGAAAUUUGUACUCGCAAUUAAUCUAGUGUCCGUAAAGGCAUUUGAGAAAGCUACUCGCCUACGCUUACACGUGCUGUCAGAGCGAGUGUUGAAAAGUCACACAGUGCUAUUUCUCGAGAAGCAUUCUCACUUAACGAAGUCAGUUAACAUCCUAUUGAAUCGUUUGUUUGAAGCUGGAAUACCAGAUAAAUUAUUCGAAGAUUACACUUUUACUGCACGAGAAUCUAAGACAAAGGCCAAGGAACCAAUAAGAACGGAACAUUUUAUGGGUUGCUAUAUUAUAUUGAUUGUAGGUUGGAUUUUAUCUGCUAUUGUUUUUCUGGUAGAGAAGAUUGUACACCGUAUUAAAUUGAGACGAAGUAGCAUCUACUAG